CAACAUAGAUUUCUCCGUCUUUCUUGGAGAGAACAGGUGUCCUUCGAUCCGCCAGACAAACUUUACACAAAGUACAAACUGACUCUCAUGUCUGCACAAUGUAUGAGUGCCUCCAUAAAUACGCAUCUAAACCCAUUCUUCUGCACAUUUGCUAAAAUUGUAGCGACCAAGAAAGAAUUCCCUUUAUCAUUUCCUUCAUUUCCCAAUAUAGAACUAGAGCCAGAAGACCCUUGAGCCCCCUGAAAGAGCUAGAUCUAAUGGCUCUACCAGUCCCACAAUCCACCUCUGUGACUACUGCUACUUCCUCCUCCAGCAACUUCCCCAGCACUUCUCCAAGAAAAAUUAAAAUUUCUUGUUCCCAGUUGAGAUUCUCGGAAACUAAGCAGGCCCAUCCGAGAUUAAUGGAUGCUUUCAAGGGCAAUUCAGCUUUGCAAGUGAAGGCCUUGAGGGAAUCUCAGGGCCUGACUCAGGAGAUCAUUAAUAACGAGCAGAAGUGUGUUCAAAUAAUGGACAAUGAAUCUGAACUUUUCAAAGAGAUGAAGCGUCGAUUCCUAACUUUCAAAAAGGAUAAAUACCUGGAGAACUUGGAACAUUUUCAGAGUCUUGCCAAGGUUCAAAAACCUAAGUUCAUGGUGAUUGCCUGUGCAGAUUCACGAGUGUGUCCUUCAAGCAUCCUUGGUUUUCAACCAGGAGAAGCAUUUAUCGUCCGAAAUGUAGCCAAUCUGGUUCCUCCAUAUGAGAAUGGACCUUCAGAAACCAAUGCUGCCCUUGAAUUUUCUGUUAAUUCUCUUGAAGUUGAGAAUAUAUUAGUUGUUGGUCACAGCUGCUGUGGAGGCAUUCGAGCCUUGAUGAGCAUGGAGGAUAACAAAAAUUCUAGUAGCUUCAUAGAAAAUUGGGUACGAAUUGGAAAGCCUGCAAAAUUAAGCACUAAGGCUACUGCUACUGCUUCCGACCUCAACUUCGAUCAGCAGUGCAGACACUGUGAGAAGGUAUCUAUCAACCAAUCUUUGUUGAACCUGCUCACUUAUCCGUGGAUAGAAGAAAAGGUGGCAAACGGUAAGCUUUCAGUUCACGGGGGCUACUAUGAUUUCGUUGACUGUACAUUUGAGAAAUGGAGCCUUAAUUACAAGGGUAGUGAGUCGAAAGAAGAUGGUGAAUAUUCCAUUAAGGAUCGGGAAUUUUGGUGCUAAGCCCAAUCUUGUAGUACAUGUCCAAUUUUUGUAUUUUCUUUUCCUCCUCCUAUGUGGCGGUAGUAUUAUAAGCUGUAGUUGUUGUUGUUGAUGAUGAAUGAUGUAAUAAAAUGUGAUGACAUCUCUUGAAGUUUUGAGCUUCAUUUUCCUAUCAAUGAAGAUUGUUGUGGCUGAAUUUUUUUUU